AUGGAGAAAGUGUCAGCGAUCAACCGGACUGUGUUGUCGUUGUUGCAGCGAGGAUGGAUGUUGCUGGUGGUGUCUGUUGUUGUCAUCGGCGGCGGCGAUGUGGUUCUGUGCUGGAGGCGGUGUGGUGGCCUGAUAAGGACUCCGGCCGGUGGUGAUUUGACAGUGCUGAGGAUUUGCGAUUUUGUAGAUGUUGGCAAUUUAGUCGCACCGGCGGCGAUGUGGUUUCGGACGGGCUGGCGGCGGUGGGGGUGUCCUGAUGGGGCUCUAGCGGGCGGGGAUUUUGCAGAGUUGAGGAUUGGGGUCGUGCCGGCGGGUCAUGAACGGCAGCUGCUGGUUGCCGUCGUCGUCAAUGGUGUUGUGCUGACAAGGCUGGCGGCGGUAGGGGCGGCUUAUGAUGAUGAUGAUGUGUCGGAGCAUAGCUCCCCGAGGAUAGGAAAAUGGUUCGACUACAUGUCGGCGAAAGUCUCUCUUGCUUUUUUGGACUAUACAAGGCGCGAUCGACCUAAAUUGUUGUUGCUUGAUGGUGGUUCCGGCAAUUGGAAUUUGCAGCGGCCAUUGGGGGAGUUUUUUGGUAAAGUACGAUUCCGGUCGAGCUCGUCCCCAGAUUUCCAAGCAAAGCAAGUCGUGCGGCGGAGGUGGCGUCGGUCGAGUAACACAGAGCUGAACGGAUGUGCGGUAGAGACCGGCGGAUGA